UGCUUCUGCUGCUUCUUGCUGCUACGUGUCUGCUGUUGCUGUGUGUCGUCAGAUUCUCACUUUUGCAUGUCAGCGCCACGACCGCACAGCAAGAUCACACACAUCCAUCACACACAAACAAACGAACGAAAGAGACGCCAACCUCUCCUUGUUGAAGCAAGGCCAAGCCAACGAAGACCAAAUACAGCAGCCGUUGUCUGCCUGAAGAACCAACGCCAGCCCAACCGCAUCCACAACAAGGCUUUCUGAACCGCUUGGACAACCGCCUUUUUUUCCCCUUGCAAUUCACAUCACCAGACAGUCAUGAGUGACCAAGAUCAACAGGCCCAGCAGCAACAGCAGCCGGAAGAGCGCCGGCGCCCACACCGCCUCAUUGUUGAGGAUGCCGUCAACGACGACGACUCUGUCGUGGCCCUGAACCAGGCACGCAUGGACGAGCUCGGCCUCUUCCACGGCGACGUCACCCUCAUCAAGGGCAAGCGCAAACAGGACACGGUGUGCAUUGCGCUGCCGGACCCGAGCUGCCAGGAGGACCGCGUGCGCCUCACCCGCGUGGCCCGCAACAACCUCCGCGUGCGCAUUGGCGACAUUGUCAGCCUGCAGCCCUUCCCCGACAUUCCAUACGGCAAGCGCAUUCAGGUGCUUCCCUUUGACGACUCUGUCGAGGGCCUCACAGGCAACCUCUUUGACGCCUACCUCCGCCCAUACUUCCUCGAGGCAUACCGCCCCGUCCGCAAGGGUGACACAUUCCUUGUGCGCGGUGGCAUGCGCGCCGUGGAGUUCAAGGUUGUUGAGACGGACCCUGAGCCGUACUGCGUUGUUGCGCCGGAGACAGUGAUCCACUGCGAGGGCAACCCCAUCAAGCGCGAGGACGAGGAGGCGCGCCUCGAUGAGAUUGGCUACGACGACAUUGGCGGCUGCUCCAAGCAGCUGGCGCAGAUCAAGGAGAUGGUCGAGCUUCCGCUGCGCCACCCGCAGCUGUUCAAGUCCAUUGGCGUGAAGCCCCCGCGCGGCAUCCUCCUGUACGGCCCGCCAGGCACCGGCAAGACGCUGCUGGCCCGCGCCGUUGCAAACGAGACGGGCGCCUUCUUCUUCCUCAUCAACGGCCCAGAGAUUAUGAGCAAGAUGGCUGGCGAGAGCGAGAGCAACCUGCGCAAGGCCUUUGAGGAGGCGGAGAAGAACGCCCCGGCCAUCAUCUUCAUUGACGAGAUUGACGCCAUUGCGCCCAAGCGCGAGAAGACGCAGGGCGAGGUGGAGCGCCGCACCGUGUCGCAGCUGCUCACCCUCAUGGACGGCCUCAAGCAGCGCGCGCAUGUCGUGGUGAUGGCCGCCACCAACCGGCCCAACAGCAUCGACCCCGCGCUGCGCCGCUUUGGCCGCUUUGACCGCGAGGUGGACAUUGGCAUCCCAGACGCCACGGGGCGCCUGGAGAUUCUGCGCAUCCACACCAAGAACAUGAAGCUCUCCGACGACGUGGACCUGGAGCAGGUGGCCAAGGAGACGCACGGGUACGUUGGCGCAGAUCUUGCUGCGCUGUGCUCCGAGGCCGCCCUGCAGCAGAUUCGCGAGCGCAUCGACGUGAUUGAUCUGGAGGAGGACACCAUUGACGCCGAGAUUCUCAACAGCCUCGCCGUCUCCAUGGACAACUUCCGCUUUGCCCUCGGCCAGUCCAACCCCUCCGCCCUCCGCGAAAUGGUCGUUGAGGUGCCGAACGUGUCGUGGGACGACAUUGGCGGCCUGGAGGCGGUCAAGCGCGAGCUGCAGGAGCUUGUGCAGUAUCCCGUGGAGCACCCGGAGAAGUUCCUCAAGUUUGGCAUGAACCCGUCCAAGGGCGUGCUCUUCUAUGGCCCGCCCGGCUGCGGUAAGACGCUGCUGGCAAAGGCCAUUGCCAACGAGUGCCAGGCCAACUUCAUCAGCAUCAAGGGCCCCGAGCUGCUCACCAUGUGGUUUGGCGAGUCUGAGGCCAACGUGCGCGACGUCUUUGACAAGGCGCGCGCCGCUGCGCCGUGCGUGCUCUUCUUUGACGAGCUCGACUCGAUUGCCAAGGCGCGCGGCGGCAGCCUCGGCGAUGCCGGCGGCGCCUCGGACCGCGUCAUCAACCAGGUCCUCACGGAGAUGGACGGCAUGAACCAGAAGAAGAACGUGUUCAUCAUUGGGGCGACCAACCGCCCGGACGUGAUUGACCCCGCCGUGCUGCGGCCCGGCCGCCUGGACCAGCUCAUCUACAUCCCGCUGCCGGACGAGGCGUCGCGCCUGGGCAUCCUCAAGGCCAACCUGCGCAAGUCGCCCAUUGCGCCCGACGUGGACCUGUCGUUCCUCGCCUCCAAGACGCACGGCUUCUCUGGCGCUGACCUGACGGAGAUUUGCCAGCGCGCGGCCAAGCUGGCCAUCCGCGAGAGCAUCAUGCGCGAGGUGGAGAUGGAGCGCGCCCGCGAGGAGAACCCGGACGCGUACAUGGACACGGAGGAGGAGGAGGACCUGGUCCCCGCCAUCACCCGCGGCCACUUUGAGGAGGCCAUGCGUUUUGCCCGCCGCUCCGUCUCGGACAACGACAUUCGCAAGUACGAGAUGUUCGCCCAGACGCUCCACCAGUCCCGCGGCCUCGGCACCGACUUCAGGUUCCCCACCCAGUCUGGCACGCAGGUCGAGGGUGGUGAAGGCGAAGUUGGCCAGGCGCCCGCACAGGACACGGCCGAGGACGACGAGGACCUCUACUCUUGAGCAAUACACCUCUCACCCACAUACGCUCGCGCUCACGAUCGCGCGCAAGCUUGCGUUGUUGGUCACGUCACCACUUGCCAAUGACGCCUUGUCAGUCGUCAGCUUUGUUGUCACGUGAUGUUGUCAUUGUUGUUGUGGCUGUUCCAUGUCAUGUUGCUGUCAUGCUCGUUGAUGUCAUUCUUGUUGUUCAUGUCGGAGGUGAAACCCCUUGUGGUCUAUCUGUGUCGUUUUGGAGGGCGUGAGGCGCUUGAUGUGGUUCCUCUCGCACCCACAAAGCAAUGAAACCAGCAACAAGCUACCAA